AUGGGUUUAACAGAGAUAAGAGGCAGAAUUGGCAGCAAACCAGGAGGAAUUACAGUCAUAAAAUACUUGAUGUUCAAAACACCACAAAAAACACUUGAUUUUGUAUAUGAGAUUGCAGAGCUAGUCGAGAAUGCAAUCUCAACAAUAGCAGAAUUUACCAAGACAGUAACGAUAACUGCUGACGCUGCAACAGAAAUGAUAUUUGUUGAUAAUCCUCGGACAAUUAUCAGUUUCAGUGUUCCCUUAGCAGCAUUAAGUAGUCUACUCGGAAUAGCAGGUGGUAGUAAAUGA